AUGCUGUCCGCCGCUGCCACUGCCCUGCUGCUCUCCGCAGUCCCGCUUACCGCGGCCGAGAGCAUUCUGGGAGUCUACAUGUUCCACCGUCACGGCGACCGCACUCCCAAGGCCCUCAAGCCCGCCAAUCUCACCGACCUAGGCUACCAGCAGGUCUACCAGAGCGGCCAGUACUACCGCAACCGCUAUGUCGCCUCCGACGCCGACUUCAAGAUUGCGGGCAUGAACACCGACAUCGUCAAACAGUCCCAGAUCUCCGUGACUGCGCCCUCGGACACCGUCCUGCAGAACUCAGCCACCGGCUUCCUGCAGGGCCUGUACCCGCCCGUUGGCAGCGAUGUUUCGACCGAGACGCUGCGUAACGGCAGCACCGUGUCGUCCCCUCUCAAUGGCUACCAGCUGAUCCCCGUCGGCUUGACCAGCACGGGCGCCGGCAGCGAGGACGCCGGCUGGCUGCAGGACACGUCCGACUGCGGCGCUGCUGAGACGAGCUCCAACAACUACUUCUUGUCUGCCGAGUAUGAGAACACGCUUGAGAGCACCCGCGACUUCUACCAGAACUUGAUGCCUGUCGUCAAUGCCACUUUCGACGAGGACUAUGUCACUUUCAAGAACGCAUACGUCGUCUACGACCUGAUCAACGUCGCCGAGAUCCACAACACCACCAUCCCCUCCUCGGACCUGCUCACCAACUCGACCCUCUUCCAGCUGCGCACCCUCGCUGACGCCCACGAAUGGGGUCUCGCCUACAACUCCUCGGACGAGAUGCGGGCCGUCUCGGGCAUGCAGCUGGCCGGCGAGGUCCUCGAGUACCUGAACAGCACCAUCACGUCCAAAGGCAGCAAGAAGUUCGGCAUCCAGUUCGGCGCCUACGCCACCUUCUUCUCCUUCUUCGGCCUGGCCGACCUGCCGCAGGCGAACCCGGACUUCCGCGGCGUCACCGGCUACGCGUCGAGCAUGGUCUUCGAGCUAUUCACGCCGCAGAACGACACGACCGCCGCUGACGUUACCACCGACGACCUGUACGUGCGCUUCCUGUACCACAACGGUACCGCUAGCGACUCCUCUGAGCCCAUCGCCUACCCCCUGUUCGGCGGCAGCAACACGUCUGUCUCGUGGAACGACUUCAUCGACGGCAUGGACAAGUUUGCCAUUCGCUCGACCGAGCAGUGGUGCACCAAGUGCGGCAACACGACCGGCUCGUGCGCUGCGUACGCCGACUCUGCCAGCUCGUCGAGCUCCGGCUCGAACGAGGGCAAGAGCAGCAGUGGUGGUAGCAAUGGCAUUUCGACCGCUGUGGGCGGUGUCAUUGGCGCUAUGGUCACGUUGGCCGUUGUGCUGGGUCUGGAGGCGCUGAUCAUGGUUGUGGGUGGCUUCAGGUUGGCCAAGAAGAACAAGACCCCUGCUGCUGGCGCGGCGCCGGCAGCUGCUGAGGCCAAGGCUUGA